UAUGAGGUCCCCCCUGGAUGGCGUUGUUAAGGAUGUCUAGCUGAGGUUGAUUUACUACCCACUAUUAUGGUGACGGGGCGAUUGAUUCGUUCAAACACGCCGUUUGCUGCUGCAUUUGCGGGCGUUCUUCGCUUCGACUGAAUCUGAGUGUCAAACCCUCCAUGCGUUCGUAAAGGUCUCCUCGUCUUUCUCUCUCUUGUUCUUCCAACAUGUCGAAACGUCGACUCAGCAGUGUCGACGAUCAGCAACACCACCAACAGCUACAGCAGGAAAAUUCAGCCAUGCCGUUUACCAUUGACCCAUCUACACCUUAUGCAUCGUACGAUCUUGCCACUUUUCUGUGGCAAACACCGUUUAUUUUCGAUUACACGUUCGACGACGCAGCUAAACGGGCUCUUCUGCAGAAAUGUUAUGCAUCGCUCUGGAAAAACAAGAACGAAUUGAUGCAGCAACACUUCUUCCCAGAUCGUCGAGAAUUUGACGAAUCGAUCGAUCGGUCACUCUUGCACCGUCAUCGACGUACGCGUAACAACGAUGAAGGAACAAGCGAUCGCACUGGUUUAAGUCAGGCACAAGAGGAUGCAGACAUGGACAACAACAACAGCAACACCAGCAACAUGCACACGUACAAACGACCUCAUCUUGAACGCUGUGGCCGAGUGUUUCGCAAAGGAGAACCGGUUUACCGGUGUAGAAACUGCGGUCUUGAUGAUACGUGUGUGCUUUGUUCAAAGUGCUUUCAUUCCAGCAAUCACGAACACCACACUGUAUUCGUAUCAAUCAGCCCUGGCUCAGGCGGUUGUUGCGACUGCGGCGACCCCGAGGCAUGGAAGGUGCCAUUAGAGUGCGACGCUCACUGCUCUCGUGCAGCGUUCUCGCCUGGGCAGCGAUCAGCUUCAUCCAAAGCCAUGGAAAAGCACAUACGCAAAUGCUUAACGACAAUCCUCGAUUUUAUCCUCUGCGUGUUUUCCCUUGCAUCCGAAGAAAUCGCAUUACCAGCUACAAACGACGAAAUCAUCCAGUGGAACAAGAACGAGUGUGUCAUUUUUCGCCGAAUGAAAGUACCAGCACGGACAGGCCUGCACAAGAAGCGAAAGCAACGCGCACAGCAGCAAUUUCAUGACGAUAUGGACAUGGACAAGGAAAAUCAAGAAGAGAGUGCGAGUGCAGCGCGACAGGCUGUGGAUGACGAUAUGCUCUAUUCAUUAAUUGCAUGGAACGACGAGACACAUUCACUCAAAGACGUGUGUGAAUCGGUAAUGCGUGCCUUGCCUUGCGACUAUGAACAUGCGCGACGUAUCGUCGAGACAAUCCAGAUGCAAGGUCGAGAAAAGCUCGGAACGUCAGUUAACUUGGACGAACUACGGUCCAUGGCAGCACCGUUGACGAAUAUUGGAUUUGGUGUAACGAUUAAACCAGCACGCGAUGUGUUUCGAGAACAAGUAUGUGCUGUACUGAUCGACUGGCUUCAGGAGCUUGCUCGGGCUCCAUUUCCAUUGAACGAGAACGACACUAUCCGGACAAUCUUGUGUGAGGAAUUUUGUGUUUGCUGGGAGUUACCACGGCCGCUUGCUAUUCUUACAACAGGUUCGCCACCGGUACGACUCUUGUCAGAAGAUGAGGAAGACGAUUUGGAAGAUUAUAACAUUGCAAGUGGGGACGACACAGUGAUGAAUGGAUCUGAAUCAGAGCAAGGAGAAAUGUUGGUGGCCCAUACACAAGAAGUCGAGGAAGAAGAGGAUGUCGAGAUGGACGAGCCAGAUGAAGCAGCGGAUAUUGUUGUACCUGUUAUCGAGCAUAUCGAUCCUGAUAAUUACCCGAUUAUAUAUCAGAACCAAAACGAUAUCGCCAGCAUCGAAUGGGAUCCAGCACCAAUGGUCAAAGAUCAUCGUCGUUUGGCUCUAGAAGAACAGAAUUUCGCUGCAUUCCUUGAUAUACCACGUCAACUGAUCCCUGUCAGAGAAAUGAAUGAAACGCGUGCCUUGGCCUUGGCUAUCCAGCGCGAAUUUGAAAAGAAGCGUAGACUCGACUAUUUCUUACUUUAUGAUCUCCGAGUUUGGAAAGAAGUACGGAUAUCUUUGCGCGAGCUUUACAUCUUAACACUUGGAUCCAACCCAGUGUUUAAGAAGCGAUUCGGCAAGCGACUAGUACGGAACUACGCAAGAUUGGCAGAUGCUUUCUUGUUCCGGGAUCGAGAGCCUGAAAGUGCCUUCAUCCUGUUCUCUGUCCAGCUCCUCACUGUGCCAUCAGUAUGCAGUUUGCUCGUGAACGAAUAUUACUUUUUCGGUCUCAUUUGCUCUACAUUAGCAGCGUUCUUUACCACCGAUCAAAUCUACUAUCUUCCACCUAGUGAACGCCCUAAUCUACCAACAAGACUUAGCUGUGAAUCAAAGGCUUUCCGCACCCGCCGAUACUUUAACGCAUUCCACGACUUACGCUAUAUCCUCAACGUCGACCUUCUCAAGCCGUUGCUUGCCCAAGAUCCAGUGUUCUUACGGCAUUAUCUCGACCUCAUUUCGCUCUUCCAGGCCAUGAAUCCACAAUUAUGUCAAAAGGAUACGCAUGUCGAAUACGAAUCCGAAAUAUGGGUCAAUGCAUUCAAUGUCACCUUGCAGAUCGCCAAGUGUUGCCGUGCAUUCUCUGACUGUUACAAUGCAUUGCCGUCCGAGACAUCGGAGCAACAAAUUCAAUCUGCACAAACGCUGGUCCGUGCUGUUGCUAGGAUACUUAAAGCCAUUGAUGCGUGGGGCGUGGGUACCAUCGAAGACGGUAUGGUUCCCGCAACAACUAGUGUAAAUCGACACACCGUCACCUUGCCCUACCUUGGCGAUAUGAGUCUAAUCAAGUACGAUAUUUCCUCCGAGCCGGUUUCCUUCCAUCAUCCACUCCACUGGCUUUUGGCGGGUGUUCUUGAGGCGGCAAGCUGGAUAACCGAUGAUGUUUUGCAACAAUCAGGAUGGUCCUCUGGAUUUGCCAACGCCGUCGCACUGUUCAAUUCGAUGGACACGGAUAUGCUACCUCGUAUUUUGGAUUUCCCUAUUCGCACACUGGCAUUCUCUUCGCAGAUUAGAGCUGGUGUUUGGGUUAGGAAUGGAUACAAUAUUCGAAAUCAGGUCCACCAUUAUCGUGACAUAUCACUCCGUGAAGCAACCUACGACAGUGAUAUUUUCCUCCUACAGUUCGCAUUCGUAACGAUCGACCCCAACUAUGUGCUUGCAACCUUGAUGGAUCGCUUCGACCUAGUCCCAUGGUUUACAGGUGACACUGAACACGGUCAAUACGAUAACAUGCAGUCUACGUUUAUGGUGGAAGAAAUUCUGUAUCUUUUGAUCCUGUGUGUCUCUGAACGCACGAAUGCCACACACAAGCCGGUUCAAGACAAGAUCAGACGUGAAAUUGUCCAUCACCUUUGCCUCGGCCACACAGUUUACUCGGAACUCGUCAAGCGGAUACCUGAACGUUUGACUGAACACCACGACUUUGACGAAAUCCUCAACGAGGUUGCCAUAUUUAAAGAACCUGUUACGCUCAAUGACUCUGGACGGUAUGAGUUGCGUGACGAGUAUUUUAACAUGGUGGAUCCCUAUUUCUGGCACUACAGCCGAAAUAACCGUGGUGAGGCGGAACUCGUGCUCAAGAACCGGUGGAAGAAGGAACAUCCAGAUCAGGACGAAUCGACCUUUUUUGUGCUGCCAAAGCCUUUCGAAUGGGUCCAAGGACCUUUUCAAGGAUUAGAGCGUUUGCUUAGCUCGCCAGUCAUUGUUCAGAUGAUAGUGUACACACUUUACAACGUUCGACGCCUGCGCGAGAGUCACAAGAGUGAUACGGUGCUUGAUGAGGCCAUGUAUUUAAUCCUGCUUUCCAUGACCGUACAAGACCCAAGCGAGUUUUGCCAAUAUGCAACAGGUCGUGUAUUUACAUUUGAGUCGCCUGACGAUGCCAGCGAACAAGAGAUGAGCUUAUUCCAGGUGCUGAUCCAGUAUCGUAACGACGAGCAAUACAAAGAAACUCACGCACGGAUUGAUUGGAUCUUGGAACAAAUGAAGACGCGUGGUGGCGACCAGGCUCAAUUUGCAGUAAAGCAGUAUUCUGAGACCAUACAAAAGGAUGAUGAUGUUUCGGCGGAUGCGAAUACGCAGGAGUUGUCUGAACAAGAACAAAAGAAGAAGGCGGCUAAGGAAAGGCAGCAAAAGAUCAUGGCCAUGUUUGCCCAAGCGCAGUCUGCAUUUAUGGAGCAAAAUGAAGAUCUUUACGACGAAGAAGAGGAAGAACAAGAAGAAGCGCAGAACGAAGGAGAAGGUAUCAAUGAUGUCGAUGGUGAUGCUACGACGGUUCAGCGAGUAUGCGCGUAUCCAACAGGCACAUGCAUUGUUUGUCAAGAAGACGUCAACGAGCGAUCCCUUCCGUACGGCAUGCUUGUCUUGAUCCAGAUAUCGAACAUUUUGCGCGAGGCAGAAAUGGACAAUCCCGCUACAUUUAAAAACAUGGCGGAGAUGGGACCCAGUCUUGACCGCGACUGGCCUGAUGCCCAAGUACCAAACAGCGACGAUAAAGAAAGCCAAACAUGCGGCAGCUUUCCAUCAGACCGACACAAGGCUGGUCUUUGUGCGACAACAUGCGGUCAUUUGAUGCAUAUGAAGUGCUUUGAUGCCUACUAUGCUUCUAUCGAGCAGCGACACACGGCUCAACUUACGCGCAACCACCCUGAAAACCGCAUCCGCAAGGAAUUCACUUGCCCACUGUGCAAAUCAUUGGGUAAUGUGCUGAUGCCCAUCCUAUGGAAAGGCAAGGUCGAAUCCCAUCCUGGCGUGCUCACCAACGCAGACGAAGAAUCAUACAACCACUUUCUUCAAGCGGACAUUCACUUGACAGCAGAAAAGCUUCAGCAUGCGAUCAAUCCAUCACAACCGCCUGGGUACGGUAUUUGGAGUGCUGGUGGUGACAUGCUUUUUGCACCACGACUGCCAUCUUUACGCGGAGAAAAUAGCAGCUCGCGGGACAAAAUUCCUGGGUUUUCCACGCUACUUGGACUGGCUGCCAACGAACAACAUCAACAACGGUUGAACCGACUGGGCCCACCAGAAAUGCUGUUCCGCUCGGCUGUCGGUGUUAUUCCUGCUAUCAGCUCUGCAUACACUCGGAUAUUUGAUGUCCUCUCUGCCAUCCUCGAUAUCUGUGGCGUUGAAGCGACUCGAAGUCUGUCAACCAGCAUCAAGAAUGUUGAUACACUUUGGGGAGUGCUCGGGUAUACCAUUGCGGCCGUCGAGAUAGCCAUGCGAGGCGCAUCCUCUUCAUCCGACACACUAUACGACCAAUUACCUAGUCAAGCACAAAUGCUGUUGCGUAUUUUGAGCGACACGGUGAUAUCCUACGCAAGUCUAAUGUGCCAGAGUGAACCGCCGCAUUCAGGCUCGCGAUUAUUUAACAUUCCACCUGUUUCACACGAUAGCAGCACCAUGGUUCAAGUGCAUACUGUUGCUGUACAAAGAAUGCUUCAGCUGUUUGCUUCGGAUACGGCUACGACGACCAAUCAGCAAGCUGCGGCUGCCCCAAAUACCCGUCUCUAUGACAACGCCCCACUUUUGACUGAUGACCCCUUCAUGAUACUUUCCGAACUUUCGGUCCAUCUGGUCCAAGUUACCAAGACCGAUGUAUAUCCGUUUAUGCGCGUGCUGCUGUUGGCUGAGCUAACCAAGAUCACUGUUGGCUUGCUGCAAGAGGGCUCCCUCCCGCUUUAUCAAGCAAACAAUGAUGGCGGCGAAAUAACCAACGAUAGCGAUGAUGCCAUUGCAACGCGAGAGUUUGUUGCUAUGGUGUCAAGCAAGCUCAAUAGCCAAGUCGAUAUUAGUGCUAGUGCCAGAUUCGACAAGUUGCUCAAGUCGUUUGCACUGCCAUUUUUGCGUCGCACAAUGAUUCUGCUAGUUGCACGGUUUGGCCUUAUCGUGGAUCUAUCAUUGACACAAGAAGAAAGCGAGUUUGACCGCCUUUUACGGAUAUUGCAUCUUCCUAGUUUGGCUACACUGCUGAGACAUCAGGAUACAGAGCAGAUGGUGGCUGGAUGGUGCGGUCAACUUGCCAAAGAAGCCGAGCGACGAGGCGAACCACAGCGGACCGUAUUAGAUCUCCCAACACCACUAUCAUUGAUUCGAUUACCGACAAGAUUGGACGCGUUGAUGGAUGAAAGUAUGCGCCGUAUAUGUCCAAGAUGCAAGACCGUACCUACAGACCCAGCUGUCUGUCUGCUCUGUGGUACAUUUGUAUGUGCUCAAAGCUUUUGUUGUUCUGAAGGUGAAGAAGGCGAGUGCAAUUUGCACAUGUUAGAGUGUGGUGGCGAGAUCGGCUUGUACUUGUUAAUCAAACGGUGUUCUUUACUGGUACUCCAUAACGAGAAUGGAUGGUUUAUGCAAGCACCUUAUUUGGAUGCACAUGGUGAAGUGGAUGAAGGAUUACGACGAGGUCGACCCCAGUUUUUGGCUGCCAAGCGAUACGCAGAUACCCGUAAACUAUGGUUGCAACAUGGUAUACCUGCAUACGUAGCGAGACAAAUUGAAGCAUCUUACGAUGUUGGUGGCUGGACUACAUUGUAAAAAACACACACAAAUAGUAUAUAACACAUAAUCAUUCACAUAUCUCUUUCUGAUCUACAUAAGACCCAAAAUUUAAAAAGUCACAUUCUUUUCUUUUUCUGUCUGCAAAGUAUACUAAAAAACCAAAGAUAAAAAGAACAUUAAGCAAGAAAAAAGCAGAAGGGGAAGGGGGAAAGAAAGCUGCGUAUAUAAAGGAUGCUGUAUAUGUAUAUAUUUGACAGAGGAAGGGGUGGGUUUAGAGA